AUGUAUCGUCCCAGAGUUUUGGGCCAAGGCCUUCGAGGCUUUGCCUAUGCCCGAACAUGUCGGCGAACCUAUAUCACCGAUGCUGAUGUUGAAUCCGCACGACGAUACUGCCUUACACAACUACAAAAUAGCGACUAUGAUGCUCAUCUCAUCCGCCGCUUCGUUCCCUCCCCAAUCCAAGAUACCUAUGCCGCUCUACGUACUCUCAACCUUGAGCUCGUCCGUCUCCCCGAGCUCGUCUCUAACCCUACAAUUGGAUCCUUCCGGAUGAAGUUCUGGCAAGAGUCCAUUGACAACACUUUCGCGGGUCGUCCUCCUCGCGAGCCCAUCUGCAUUCUUUUACACAAGAGCCUGCAGGAUCUUGAGGCCCGGGAUGGCAGCUCAACCAAGAAGUCGAUUAAAUUCUGGAUUUCCAGAUUAAUAAAAACAAGAGAAAAGCACAUGUCUAAUCGACCUUUUGCCAACUUGGCGAGUUUGGAAGAGUAUGCUGAGAAUACAUAUUCGACGCUUAUGUAUGCGACACUAGCGUCUCUACCACUCAGGUCGAUGCACGUCGAUCAUCUCGCCAGCCAUAUCGGAAAAGCUUGCGGUAUUGCCGCAAUCUUGCGCGGAAUCCCAGUCUUAGCAGCACCGCCUCCUCCUGUCAACACACCUUCUGGACAGGUUCCUCCCGUGCGGGAGCCUGCAAUCCUUCUUCCGCUAGACGCUAUGGCUGAGGCUGGAGUUAAGGAGGAGGAAGUCUUCAGACAAGGACCCAAUGCGCCUGGCCUACAAGAUGCUGUUUUCCAGGUUGCAACUCGAGCCAACGAUCAUCUUAUUACAGCCCGAGAGAUGCUCAAGAGGCUCAAAGCUGGAGAAGACCCUGGUCAUGAGUUUGAGCACCAGGGUGAAGGCGAACAUUUUUAUGGCGAGGGAAGCGACACAAUAAACGAAAUUCGCCAAGGUUUUGGUGUGCUACUGGAAGCCAUUCCCUCAGCUCAGUACUUGCAGCGCCUUGAGCAAGCCGAUUUCAAUCCAUUUGCUGUGAAGACAGCAGAUGCCAUCACCAAGAUGCUCUACGAACUAAUUGCCAUUGUCCGACCGGGCAGCCUCUUAGAGGUGAAGGAAAUCGCCCAAACAGUCGGUUCCCUCGUCCUCAAGAAUGGCGGUGUCGUCCGCGGUCUCGCCAACUGGGGCGUUUUCUCGCUACCCAAGCCCAUCUCAGUACAUCAAAUGAAGCACACCCACGGCCACUACUUCGUCAUGCGAUACGACGCCGCCGCAAAGGUUCACCACGAUGUUCGCAACACACUACGUCUCGAACCCCGUAUGAUCCGUGCCGCACAUGUCAAGUUGGGAGACGGAAAGCUUGAGUCCCUCGCCAGAUUCGGCCCACCCAAGUGGAAGACGACAGGCAGCGAGGCAUAA